AAGUUAGUUAGACAGAUGGGGUUUUGGGUUUUGGUUGUUGGACGGUAAGGUAGCAGGGUUUAGGAUGAUGAAAGUAACCGUGUGUUUUUAUCGUUAAACAUGUCAUCCAUGUGUGUGUGAUUUGUACACGGAUCGCACUGGUUUCACGCCCUGUUUCGUCCCCCACUGAGACCACACAAGAUGACCGGAGAGAAGAUCCGCUCCCUUCGUAAGGACCACAAACCGGGGAAGGACGAGGACCUUCUCGGGCCGGACGAGGAAGCAGCGACCGGCACCUUCACAUCGUCCAGCAGGACGAGCAGCAAAGGCAAAAGCAACAAGAUCUUCAGCAACCACAAGAUCAUCAAAUCUUCGUCUCAGCACAGCCACAAUAAUCAGCAACACACUCACAACACUAACAACGGCGUCUCCACCCCGGAAACCGUCGACGAUCAAAACAAAAACAAAACGCCGAUUAUCCGAAGCGUCGACGAUUUCCCGGUGCACGAGAGCGUGUUUAAAGGAGACGUCCGGCGAUUAUCGUCACUGAUUCGUACACAGAAUAUUGCACAGAAAGAUGUUCACGGAAACACUCCUCUUCAUCUGGCUGUAAUGAUGGGGCAUAAAGAAUGUGCUCAUCUCCUGCUGGCCCACAAUGCACCAGUAAAGGUGAAAAACGCUCAGGGAUGGAGUCCUCUUGCCGAAGCUAUCAGCUACGGAGAUCGUCAGAUGAUCACAGCACUGUUGCGGAAGCUGAAGCAGCAGUCCAGAGAAAGCGUACAGGACAAGAGGCCUCGGCUCCUCAAAGCCCUUAAGGAGCUUGGCGACUUUUAUUUGGAGCUUCACUGGGACUUUCAAAGCUGGGUGCCUUUACUCUCUAGAAUUUUACCCUCCGACGCUUGCAAGAUCUACAAACAGGGAAUCAACAUCAGGUUGGACACUACUCUCAUCGACUUCACAGACAUGAAAUGUCAGCGAGGAGACCUGAGCUUCAUUUUCAAAGGUGACGCCGUUCCCUCAGAGUCAUUUGUAGUGCUGGACAACGAGCAGAAAGUCUACCAGCGGAUACACCAUGAGGAGUCAGAGAUGGAGACGGAGGAAGAAGUGGACAUUUUGAUGAGCAGCGACAUUUAUUCAGCCACGUUGUCCACCAAAUCCAUCACCUUCUCCCGAGCGCAGAGCGGCUGGCUCUUCCGCGAGGACAAAACCGAACGGGUCGGGAACUUCCUGGCGGAUUUCUAUCUGGUCAACGGACUGGUUCUGGAGUCGAGGAAACGGAGAGAGCACCUGAGCGAGGAGGAUAUUCUGAGGAACAAGGCGAUCAUGGAGAGCCUCAGCAAAGGAGGCAACCUAAUUGAGCAGAACUUUGAGCCGGUGAGACGCCAGUCCCUGACGGCUCCCAGCCCGAACACUAUUUCCUGGGAGGAGUACAUCACAGCAGAAACUGGGAAAGCUCCUCAUCUUGGACGAGAGCUCGUGUGUAAAGAGAGCAAGAAGAACUUUAAAGCCACCGUAGCCAUGAGUCAGGACUUUCCUCUCGGCAUCGAGUCGUUAUUAAACGUUUUAGAAGUGAUUGCACCCUUCAAGCACUUUAAUAAACUCAGAGAAUUUGUUCAAAUGAAACUCCCACCAGGUUUCCCAGUGAAAUUAGACAUCCCCGUGUUUCCCACCAUCACGGCCACAGUGACGUUUCAGGAGUUCCGCUACGACGAAUUCGAGGAGUCCAUUUUCACCAUCCCAAACGACUACAAGGAAGAUCCCAGCCGCUUCCCAGAUCUCUAGUUUGUUUUUUUUUCCCUUUUUUCCCCACUUUCCCUUUCUGCUUCUAUUCUUCCCUCCGCUGCAUCUCCAUCUCUCUCCUUUCACGGAACACACUCUCUCAACAGGAAGCGACCGUCGUCAAGUCAGAUCACGUCACGUCACGUGAAAGACGCAGACGAGGUAGAGGUUACUCUACGUGCUGCAUUGAGGUAAAGGGAUGGUGCUGUACUGACAUAGUAGCCACACUUUUGCAGACUACGGGACAAACAAGCAGAAAUCUCAAAGUUAAUAAAUUAACCUGGUGAUCACAGGAAAGAGACCGAGCGCCGACACACGACUCGUCAGAGUGCCGACGCCCCGAGGCUCCGUCGUAUCCCUCUCUUCCUCAACACAUCCGUCGUCAGUGAUCCACCUCUCCACCUCAACGUGUCCAUGUUACUCUGGCAGGAAAUGUGGCAUUACGUCUUCUGAAUUUUUGUUACCUUUUCAUUUACCUUUGUUACACGACUACGCUUUUCCUCCGAGAUCAACAGCAGAAGUGUGAGGAGAUGACGAGUGUGACAUGUUAAUAUAAUCGCUUUAUGCUUUGUAUGGUUAAGACGAUUAUCUGUAAAUACCUCUGUUAGGAUUUCGGUCCCAGAGCAGGGUGUGAUGAGCCCUGCAACUGAUGCUUCUCUUACUGCUUAUCUGCUUUACUUUUUUUUUUUUUUCCCUCCUCUGCGUCGCACCAGGUUUUUUUUCUCAAUUUUCCACUUCAUGGUUUCCAUGAUUCUUCUUUUUUAUCCACGACUUCACGAGACCACACAAGUUCCCCAAACAGCACAGGUUUUUAUUUCCAUUCACAUCAUUUCCUGCGGAGUUAAAUAAAGGAUCAGGCUCUCGUUUGUAAAUGCAGCGUGCGGUUUGAGAUAAACCCGUUUAACAGCGGCACGAACCUCAGUGGACGACACGGACGUUAUUUCACACGUUAUUACUUUUGUUUUUAUGAUAGAUGGAUGUAGAUAUAUACACCGUUUUAGAUUAUAAUACAUCUAUACUGACAAACCUGUUACGAUUGUAUUAUGUAAAAAAAAAUGUUUUGAGGAACAACCCAUUAGAUGUAGAUGGGAAAUUCCUUAACUGGAUGUUAGGAUGGUGGGUUUUUUUUUGUGCAGCUGAAGUGGAGUGAAAAAGGAAAAAUGGUCAAAUUUACACCAGCAAGCAACAUGUCUGAAUUUGAAUCGACUUUAUUUAUGUAGCCCUUGGUUUAUUAUUAUUAUUUUUUUUAAAUCUACACUGGAUUUGGGCCUUCAAAGGUUCAGAUGUUGUAAAUGCUUCCACACCACACUACUGGUUAGUGUGGUGAACCGGCGCUUUCUCAACGACGACUUCUACUACUUUGUUGUUGUUUUGUUUGUUUGUUUGUUUGUUUGUUUGUUUUUAAACUUCACCGCUUUAGGACUUUUUAUUUCACUUUUUUUUUUCUUCUCUCCAGUUUGCGCCUUGAACUCGACCGUUUUCACCCGAACACACGGAUAAACCAGUUGUACAGCAUUGUAUGCCACAGUUUUCCCGAGGAAUUGUACUUAAUAAAAUGUCUGCAUACCAAAUUGCAA